GGAACCCGAUCAUCCGGCUCCUACUCAGGCCACAGUAGUCGCUUCCGCGACUAUCAUGCCGAGAAAUUCUCCGGGCAAGGAGAUCCCCGUAUCGUAGACAAGUGGAUUCAGGGCCUGGAGUUUAUCUUCGAGGUCAUGGAUUGCCCCGAUAGAUAUCGCGUAAUCUGCGCUCAUCUUCAGCUUACCGGUGAUGCCCGACUCUGGUGGAAUGCCUACUGGAGCAUGCGUCCCGGAGAAAAGGAGGGUUGUACGUGGGAUAGGCUUAAGGAGCUGAUCCGCGAAAUGUACUACCCCAGCUACUACAGAGCAGAGAUGGAGCGUCAGUUCUUAUCGCUUCAGCAGGGUACUCGGUCUGUUGACGAGUACGAGAGGGAGUUCACCAGACUUGCAGGUUUUGUUCCGGACCUAGUUCGUACAGAGGCUCAGAGGGCACAAGGCUUCAUUGACGGGCUUUACCCAGCAGUCCGUCAUAAUAUUGUUGGCCAUGGAACACAGACGUAUGCUCGAGCAGUUGCCAUUGCCCAAGAGGUGGACACCAGUAUCAGGAGGGAGGCCGUCCGUGAUCAGUCUCAGCCAUCCGCCCCUGCUCCGUCAUCUUCAGUUCCACUGAUGCCAGCCUUACCAGUUGCCCAGCCAUCAAAGAAUAACAACAAGAGGAAAGCGAAGGGCGCACAGAAUGAUAUGAGGACUCGCAGGAGGCAGCAGCAGAUUCCACAGUGCCCGACAUGCAGACGACUUCACCGAGGCGAGUGUCGCUUUGGUCAGAAUCGGGGUGUUACAAGACAGCAGGCCCGAGUAUAUGCAGUCGAUCAGGCAGAGGCCGAGCAGCAGCCAGGUACUAUGUCAGGGAUGGUUGUGCUUAAUAAUGGUCCUGUGUUUGCUUUGUUUGAUACUGGAGCGACACAUUCUUUCAUUUCACGACGAUGCCUUGAUGCCAUCGGAGUUCAUGCCGUUACCGCUGUCGAUCCUCUCGAUGUGAGUUUAGCCUCGAGACGAAAGAUAGUGACCUCAGCUAAAGCUUCAGAUCUUAGCCUUUCCAUCGGUGGCCGAGUAUUGCCUACCGACGCGUUUGUUCUCGAGAAGAGGGACUUCGACCUUAUUCUCGGAAUGGAUUGGCUAUCCUUUUAUCGUGCAGAUAUCAGAUGUCAUGACCAGGAGAUUACUCUUUAUCUUCCGGGAGACGAGUCGAUCACUUUCUUUGGAUCCAGAAAUCGUUCAUUGCCUCAUGUU